AUGACAUUCAUUCUUGCCAUCCAAUAUUUGCAAUGGAUUUCUGACUCUACAACCGGUGUCUGUGUCGAUGGGAACACACCUGCUCCAACCAAUGCCCCGACGCCUGCUCCUACUCCUGCACCCACGCCUGCCCCUACGUCUGCUCCCAAUUCUGACUGCCCUGGAUGUGGACAAGUGAACCGUGCCAACCGCAUUGUUGGUGGAGUAGAGACGGAGGUGAACGAAUAUCCCUGGAUGGUUUCUCUUGUCAACGGAAAUGGAUACUAUCACUUCUGUGGCGGUUCUAUCAUCUCCAGCCAAUGGGUCGUCACUGCAGCUCACUGUGCAGCUGUCAUGAGCACCUCGGAUUACGUGUUGGUGGGAGACCACAAUCUGUAUUCAUCAAGUGAUGCCAAUUCUCAGUGGAUGCAGAUUGCUGAAAUUGUGAGCCAUCCGUCCUAUAAUUCUAAUACACUGGACAACGACAUUGCCCUCAUCAGACUCACCACAGAAAUACAGUUCCCAUCUGACAACAAAAUCGCCCCUGUGUGCCUUCCAACUGCUGGUGAAAUGUAUGAUAAUGUGGAUGCCACAAUCACAGGAUGGGGAGCUCAACAGGAGGGAGGUUCCACAUCAGGCACCUUGUUCGAAGUUACAGUGCCCACCAUGACUAACACCGAAUGCAAUAACAAGUAUGGAGGAAGCAUCACUGACAACAUGAUCUGCGCAGGCAUUCCUGAGGGAGGCAAGGACUCCUGUCAGGGAGACUCUGGAGGACCAAUGGUGGUGGAAGAAAACGGCAAGUGGAAGCUGGUGGGAGUUGUGUCGUGGGGUUAUGGCUGUGCUCGACCUGAUAGGCCCGGAGUUUAUGCAAGAGUUACACAAUAUUUGCAAUGGAUUUCUGACUCUACAACCGGUGUCUGUGUCGAUGGGAACACACCUGCUCCAACUAAUGCCCCGACGCCUGCUCCUACACCUGCACCCACGCCUGCCCCUACGUCUGCUCCCAAUUCUGACUGCCCUGGAUGUGGACAAGUGAACCGUGCCAACCGCAUUGUUGGUGGAGUAGAGACGGAGGUGAACGAAUAUCCCUGGAUGGUUUCUCUUGUCAACGGAAAUGGAUACUAUCACUUCUGUGGCGGUUCUAUCAUCUCCAGCCAAUGGGUCGUCACUGCAGCUCACUGUGCAGCUGUCAUGAGCACCUCGGAUUACGUGUUGGUGGGAGACCACAAUCUGUAUUCAUCAAGUGAUGCCAAUUCUCAGUGGAUGCAGAUUGCUGAAAUUGUGAGUCAUCCGUCCUAUAAUUCUAAUACACUGGACAACGACAUUGCCCUCAUCAGACUCACCACAGAAAUACAGUUCCCAUCUGACAACAAAAUCGCCCCUGUGUGCCUUCCAACUGCUGGUGAAAUGUAUGAUAAUGUGGAUGCCACAAUCACAGGAUGGGGAGCUCAACAGGAGGGAGGUUCCACAUCCGGCACCUUGUUCGAAGUUACAGUACCCACCAUGACAAACACCGAAUGCAAUAACAAGUAUGGAGGAAGCAUCACUGACAACAUGAUCUGCGCAGGCAUUCCUGAGGGAGGCAAGGACUCCUGUCAGGGAGACUCUGGAGGACCAAUGGUGGUGGAAGAAAACGGCAAGUGGAAGCUGGUGGGAGUUGUGUCGUGGGGUUAUGGCUGUGCUCGACCUGAUAGGCCUGGAGUCUAUGCGAGAGUUACUCAAUAUUUGCAAUGGAUUUCUGACUCUACAACCGGUGUCUGUGUUGAUGGGAACGCACCUGCUCCUACUAAUGCCCCGACGCCUGAUCCUACUUCUGAUUCUGACUGCCCUGGAUGUGGACAAGUGAACCGUGCCAACCGCAUUGUUGGUGGAGUAGAGACGGAGGUGAACGAAUAUCCCUGGAUGGUUUCUCUUGUCAACGGCAAUGGAUACUAUCACUUCUGUGGCGGCUCUAUCAUCUCCAGCCAAUGGGUCGUCACUGCAGCUCACUGUGCAGCUGUCAUGAGCACCUCGGAUUAUGUAUUGGUGGGAGACCACAACUUGUACUCAUCAACCGAUGCCAAUUCUCAGUGGAAGCAAAUUGCUGAAAUUGUGAGUCAUCCGUCCUAUGAUUCUAAUACACUGGACAACGACAUUGCCCUCAUCAGACUCACCACAGAAAUACAGUUCCCAUCUGACAACAAAAUCGCCCCUGUGUGCCUUCCAACAGCUGGUGAAAUGUAUGAUAAUGUGGAUGCCACAAUCACAGGAUGGGGAGCUCAACAAGAGGGAGGAUCCACAUCCGGCACCUUGUUCGAAGUAACGGUACCCACCAUGACUAACAAUGAAUGCAAUAACAAGUAUGGUGGAAGCAUCACUGCCAAUAUGAUCUGCGCAGGCAUUCCUGAGGGAGGCAAGGACUCCUGCCAGGGAGACUCUGGUGGACCAAUGGUGGUGGAAGAAAACGGCAAGUGGAAGCUGGUGGGAGUUGUAUCGUGGGGAUAUGGCUGUGCUCGACCUGAUAGGCCCGGAGUCUACGCCAGAGUUACACAAUACCUUGAUUGGAUUUCGACCUCGACCGGAGGUGUCUGUCCGGCGGCUGGUUAAUCCGUCCAUUGAAUAGGCUAAUAGAAGCCUAAGCUGGUCCUUAGACGGCUUAGACAAGGAGUUGAGUUGCGGAUAUACUACCUUUCUUACUUUCUUUCACGUUUUCUUUCAUUUGGCACAUUUAAGAAAAAAAAACCUUUUUUGAAAUAACUAAAAUAUCCGGAAGUGACAAUAAAUUGAGUAUAUUU